ACUGUAAAACAAGAGACAUUUGGUCUGAUUUAGUUUUAGACAGCGAGAUAAAACAAAAAAAUGUGCAAGUUUCCUUUUAAUUGGUGAACACUUCAGGCUUCAACUGAGAAGUACUGAAUAGUACUUUUGAGAAAUGGCUUAGUUACAAGUUAUUUUGUGAACCUUUUCUAAUUCAGGGUCCAGUUUUUUUUUUGUAAUAGAGUAGAAUAUAUUUAUUUUAUUUUUUUAGUUUGUCUUUCCCUUCCGUAAAAAGGUAACCAUGUGUCAUUUUUUUUUUUUUAUCCACCCAGAAAUAUGGCGUACGCUUUGUCUGAGGAGCAGGUUUUGUGCGUCAUUUGCAUGGACAGCUUCACCGAUCCGGUGUCCAUCCCAUGUGGCCACAACUUCUGCCUUGAAUGCAUAAAUGGCUUCUGGGACUCGAGCCACAAGGCUGAAUGUCCGCUGUGCAAAGAGAGCUUCCAGACCCGCCCAGACCUCAGGGUGAACAUCGUCUUAAAAGACAUCACCGAACAAUUCAAAAGGUCUAUGAGGAGAAAACAAGCAAGCGGGCCGCAGCCGGCGCCGAGGAAAAACUCCACCAGACGGUCCUUAAAAGCCGACAACAUAACUUGCGACAUCUGCAGCGGAGACAAGCAGACGGCGGUGAAGUCUUGCCUGGUCUGUCAGGCGUCUUAUUGCGAAAUGCACCUGGUGCCUCACCUGAGGGACCCGGUGAUGACGAAGCACAGGCUGACGGAUCCGGCCACCUUCAGCACGAGUCACCUCUGCAGAACCCACAACAAGCCGCUGGAGAUGUUCUGCAAGAAGGAGCAGACCCCCGUCUGUGCGAGCUGCACCGAGAGGGACCACAAGCACCACGAAGUUGUUCCUAUGGAGAAAGAGAGCAAGCGGGUCAAGGCACAGCUGAAGGUGGUUCAAGCAGAAAUUCAAGAGAUGAUCGAGACCAGACUGAAAAAGACCGAGGAGAUCAAGAACUCCAUGGAGCUGAGCAGGAUAGAGAAGGAAAAGGAGAUACAAACCAGUGUUCACAUAGCCAACCUGGCAAUAAACGCCAUCGAGAGAAACCAGGCUCUGCUCAUCGAGGAGCUGGAAGAAAAGCACGAAGCAGCGAAACGGAGAGCAGAGGAUCUCCUGGAGGAGCUGGACCAGGAGCUCGGCGAGCUGCAGAGGAGGCGCAGCGAGCUGCAGUACCUGGAGAACACCAAGGAUCCACUACAUCUGCUGCAGAGCUUCCCCUGUCUGAGCUCUACGCCAUCGUCAACGAACUGGUCAGAGGUCAGCGUUGACCCCGACAUCUACAUAAGACGCGUGAGGACGGCCUUCUCCAAGCUGGUGGACCUCUGCCAAGAACUUGAAAAGAACCUUUGUGCGGAAGAAGUCACCAAGAUGGUCAAAUUUGCAGUGGAUGUGACUCUGGACCCUGCAACUGCUGCCAGCUGGCUGCUUCUGUCCCCGGAUGGUAAAAAGGUGAGCCUGAGCUCCCAACAAAGAAAGCACGCGCUCCCUAAUGACUCUCGCAGGUUCGAUUCCUGUGUUGCCGUUCUGGGGAAACAGAGAUUCACCUCUGGGAGACGAUACUGGGUGGUCAAGGUAGGGGAUAAAACAGACUGGGAUCUUGGUGUGGCCAAGGAGUCCAUUAACAGGAAGGGCUCCAUAACCGUCCGUCCAGACAACGGUUACUGGGCCAUCUGCAGGCGGAAGGGGGAGAGUCUCCGGGCCUGCGCCGGACCCUCCGUCAUCCUCAACCUCCACGAAAUGCCUACGAAAGUGGGAAUUUUCCUGGACUACGCAGAAGGAUCAGUGUCAUUCUACAACGCAGACACAAAGACUCACAUCUACACUUACAAAGGAUGUUGUUUCACUGAGCCCAUGUACCCAUACUUUAACCCGUGCCUUCACGACAAUGGGAGGAACACAGCACCACUGAUUAUCUGCCCAGUGGAAACGGGGCUUAUUGUAGAGACUACAGUGAACUGAAGUUCAAGUCAAUUAAACAGAUACAGUGAAAAGUCCCAUUUUCACUCUACUGAAUACUCCAGUUUAUUAAUGCAUUUUAAAGGUUUGAGGAAAAUCCUUAGGCUGUUUGUUUUGUAUUUCAUGUUCAAUACCAGAAAACUAAUGAGAAGAUUCAGAGAACUUCAGAAAUCAGUUUACAUUUUAAAGCUCUUAUUGUAAAUACCAGUGUAAUUUUCUGUCUCUUUGUUGCUCAAUGACCAGUGUUUAUAAUUCCCCUCAUUUUUCUUUGGGGCUUGUUGCAGUUUUACCUUCCACAAACCAACAGUUAUCAGCAAAGCCAGAAACAGUGAAUGAUCUUGUUUUACAGGUUGUUUUAAUCUUUUGCCCUCCGUUUGGUUUUGUCCACCGUGGUGUUUAAUAAAGGUCAUUGUUAUUUAGAAAUAUGAUAUCACAUCGUCACAUGCUCGUCUUUCAUUUUCCUCUCACGGGUUCUGUGAUGUUUGGUGUUUUUAGGGGGCUGAAGUCACGUGUCAACCUUCAAGAAGUUUUAUUUUAAAAUGCGUUGGAGGAGAGGAGGCAGUUGUCACAUUGGAACAACGGGUGAAGGGGGUUAGGUCAGACCAUCCGAUUUCUCAGUUAGUUUGUAAUCAGAAACAUAAGAGCUCCACAAAACGUUGCUUGCACACAGUUCUUGUCUGGAACUGGGGAAAAAUACAAAACGGUGUAACCCUAACCCUAACCCAGCGUCUGUCUAGCACAAAUGUAAAUAUAAUCAAGAUAAUUAGGAAUGAGGUGUAAAUGCUACCAAGUCUAAUCCUGGCAUUUCUAAAAUAAAUCCACUGUUGUGCAAACACUUGA